CCAAUCUUUAUUAAGAACUUGGCUAGUUAUUACAAACCAGAAGGUUCUCUAACGCUGAAGUUACAGCGGCAAUGACGUAAUUAGAAGCUCGAUUGAUAAUCCAUAUGCUUUUUGAUAGAGUCAUCUGAACUCCAAUCUUCAUCCCCGCCUGUAAGCUGGGUCACUAUCGAAAAAUCCAGAACCAAAUGGACCGAUAGCUUAUGAAGAUUAUCCGGAUCAACGGGCCUUUUUAUAUAUAUUUAUUUAUUACGCUAGGAACCCCGCCGUUCGGGUGUGGAUAGUAGAUACUUAUUUCAACGGGAGUCCCAGUCAUUAGAACGACAGCGACAACAUUAUCAUAUCUGUUCCAUAUACAAACUAAACGCACCAGAAUACCAACAUUAACAAUGAAGGAAGCCCUUAUAGCGCCAGGCCCUAAGGUCCAGAUCAUCGACUCGCCUAUCCCAAAGCCCGGAGCCGACGAAGUCCUUAUUAAGGUCGUCGUGAGCGGGUCCAAUCCUAAGGAUUGGAAGGUACCGGAUUGGCGUAAUAUCACCAUAAACCAGGGCGACGACAUUGGUGGUAUAGUUCAAGAAGUUGGUUCUAAUGUCACCGAGUUCAAACCUGGCGACCGUGUCGCCGGAUUCCAUCAAUUCCUAGUCCCUCAUGGGUCUUUCGCCGAAUAUGCAAUCUCACCUCAGCACACCACUUUCCAUAUUUCGCAGAAGACCACAUUCGAAGAGGCCGCUGCAGUCCCGUUAGCGGCAAUGACAGCAGCGAUCGGGCUCUAUGCCAAACUUGGUCUUCCGCAGCCGUGGACACCGGCAGUCGAACCCAUACCCCUUUUAAUCUAUGGAGCGGCUUCCUCUGUUGGUGCUUACGCCGUCCAGCUCGCUCGGAAGAGUAACAUUCACCCUCUCAUCUGCGUUGCUGGGAAAUCUCAGGCCUAUGUGGAGACUUUGAUCGACCGUAGCAAAGGAGACGUCAUCAUCGACUACCGUGACGGAGAUGAUGCCGUCGUCGAAGCACUGAAGAAAGCAGUCGGUGAUUCCAAGCUCCUGUACGCAUUGGAUGCGACAUCGGAGCACAAUAGCUACGUCAAUAUAAGCAAGGUCGUGGCCGAGGGCUCUAAGGUAACGAGUGUGCUAUCUCCACAGAACUUCGAAUACCCAGCCCAUGUGUCGCAUUCCGUUACCCUUGUGGGCUCGGUGCAUGCUGAGGAUAAGGACUUUGGCUAUGUGUACUUCCGGUACUUCGGGAGAGGGCUACAGGAGGGCUGGUUCAAGGCACAGCCGCAGGUAGUCGUGCCAGGUGGACUUGGGGGCAUUCAAGAGGCAUUGGAUAAUUUGAAGGCCGGCAAAGCAAAUGGAAUUAAAUACGUCUUCCGGAUUGCCGACACGGAAGGAGUUCAGUGAAUGGGUUGUAUCUUGCCUUGCUAAAAAAGUCACCAAGGGAAUAGUCGGGUUUUCGAAAUUACAAACUCGUUCUUUGAAACCAAGGGUUAAGAAUAUAAUAUAUAUAGGUAGUUAGAUGAGUUAUAUAGCAGUUAUGGGAGAUGUAUAUUUCAUAAUAUGACAAGAAUGAUAGA